AUGAACUUUUUUGAUAAAUUUGUCUCGUUACUUGAUUGCAAGGUUCUAGAAGUCAUACGUGAAGCGGUUAGUCUUUCGGUAGCCAGAGCGCAAAAGGAAAUAACCACAAACGAACGAUCAGUAGGUUUUGUGAGAGAAGGCACUAGGGCUACAAAAUCAAACGUCAAGCCUUACUCCAUCCUUAAAGCGGCGUCGGAUUGGACUAUAAUGAUGGACACGUAUGAAAAGCAAUAUAAAAUCCCCGAGGAUAUUUGUGCGUCGGCCUCCAGACCGGAUAUAUUUUUGUUUUCGCGAAUUUUAAAGCGCGUAGUGAUGAUAGAGCUUACGGUCCCUUGGGAAACCAACAUCCCCAAAGACCAUACCAUCAAGGUCAACAAAUAUUACGAGCUCACAAACGAACUCACUCGAAAUAGGUUCGUAGUAGAUUUGUACGCGGUAGAGGUGGGAGCGAGAGGUAUAACAGCGAAAUCUCUCUACAACCUACUAAAGGACUUGGGCUUGUCCAGAACUCACAUUUAUGCAUUCUUGGAACGUAUAUCGAAGGCAGCCCUAGUAGGUUCUUUUCAAAUUUGGUUAGGUAGGGAGAGGAGCUUGGACAGUGGAGGUGAGCGUAUAACGCGCGUUAGUUAA